GUGUUGGUGGCGGUGGGGGGGGUACGGAGGGAGCAGACACCGGGCCGGUCUGUGGACGCUGCAGACACACACAGAUCUGCACUCAGGGACCGUGGGUUAUCUCUCAGACUUGGGGGGGAAAGUUUGGUCAGCUGCUGAGUGUUUGGAGGCAUCAUGGUCGUGUCGGUGCGGAGCUGGGUCGCCAACGAGGGAGGAAAGCACUUGGUCCUGAUGCUGUGGUUGGGGGCUAACACCUGGCUGUUUGUGAAGACUUUCCUGCUCUACUCCACUGGACAGCAGUACUACUACCUCUACAAGAUGCUUGGGCUAGGGCUAUGCAUCAGCCGGGCAUCUGCUUCAGUGCUGAACCUGAACUGCAGUUUGGUGCUGUUGCCCAUGUGUCGCUCCCUCCUCACGUUUUUCCGAGGAACACACACGGUAUCAAGCAGAAAGACACGCAGGUUGCUAGACAAGAGCAAGACCUUUCAUGUGGCAUGUGGAGUUGCCAUCUGCAUCUUCUCUGUUGUGCAUGUUUCUGCCCACCUGGCGAAUGUCGUCAACUUUAGCGUCAGCUUCUCAGAUGACUUCCCUGCUCUUAAUUUGGCUCGCUACAGAGGAGAGGACCCCAAGCUGAUCAUUUUAACCACAAUCCCAGGGGUGACCGGUGUCCUGUUGGUUCUCAUCCUCUUUUUGAUGUUCACAUCGUCCUCUUACUGUGUACGGGCAUCCAACUAUGAAAUCUUCUGGUACACACACAACCUCUUUAUUGUCUUCUACAUCAUCCUCAUGGUGCACAUGGUUGGUGGAGCUCUGAAGUAUCAGACCAACAUCAUGGCUCACCCUCCUGGGUGCUUCAGAAUGAACCAGAGCAGCUCAGCAGAACAAGGGGAGGAGCUGAAGCAGCAUGAAGAUGGAGAGAGGAGAUGCAGAGAGGAGGCUCACUUCCAGCCCCACUACCCCCAGACAUGGCUUUGGGUGUCCGCUCCCCUCUGUCUCUACUGUGCGGAACGCUUCUAUCGCUACAUCCGGAGCAGUGACCCUGUUACCAUAGUGACAAUCAUCAAACACCCCUGCGAUGUAAUGGAGUUGCGUAUGUUGAAGAAAAACUUCCAAGCUCGUCCUGGACAGUAUAUUCUUCUCAACUGUCCAGGUGUCUCUUCAUUUGAGAACCAUCCCUUCACACUAACGACGUGUCCCACAGAGAACAAGGAAACUUUUGGCAUCCAUCUUAGAGUUGUGGGAGACUGGACUGAGCGCUUCACACAGCUGUUACUUCCUCAACCAAAGAUAGACGUGGAGGUCCUUCCUGUGGUGCAACAGAGGAGAUACCCCAAGGUUUAUGUGGACGGUCCAUUUGGAAGUCCAUCAGAAGAGGUGUUCAACUACGACGUCAGUCUUUGUGUGGCUGGUGGGAUAGGAGUCACACCCUUUGCCUGUGUGCUGCAUGCUCUGCUUGAUGGCUGGACUGGUUUUAGGCUGCAGAGGUUGUACUUUGUGUGGGUCUGCAGGGAGCUCCAGUCCUUCUACUGGUUUGCUGAGCUGCUGUGUGCCCUGCAUCAUAAGCUCUGGCAGGAGAACAGACCAGAUUACUUUAACCUGAAACUGUACAUAAGCCAAGAAGACAGGCUGCAGAGCAUGUCUGAGGAGAAGUACGGACCUCUGGCAUCGAGGCUGCAGGUUGGUCGACCCAGGUGGAAGCUGCUGCUUGAUGAGAUUGGACGGGCCAAUAAGCAAAAGCGAGUGGGGGUGUUCUGCUGUGGACCUAAAGGCAUUUCCAGGACUCUCCACAGACUGUGUAACUCAGCCUGCUCCUCUGGAACCACCUUCGAGUUCAACAAGGAAUCUUUCAGCUGACUGAGCUCAGCUGGUGCAAACAAACUCUGAAAAAA